AGUAACUGCUUGUGUUAGUACCUUUCUGUAGGCUGUGUGAGUGUGUGUUUGGGUGUGUGUGUGAGAGAGAGAAAGGGAGAGAGUAGCGUUUACGUUUCACCUCCCUGUCUCCCUAUUCCCUGUCCUUCCUCUCCUCUCUACUCCUCUCUCGUUCCCUCUCCUGGACUACCCCAUUGGGACCUACCCAGACCCCUUCCCUGCCUGGACCCUCUACUCUCCAUCCCUGUGACUCUCCUCAUCUGUCCAUCCCUCCCUCUCCCAGGUCAAGUCUCCGGGUGGAUUUGAAGUGGAGACGUGGAAUCUUCCAUGUUAUUCUGGAAUGUGGGAUAAGACAGGGUCCCAUGACAUGGAGGAGAACAGCAAGGAGAUUUCCUGGACCCCUCUUUGAAUGGGUUGAUGCUGGUCCCGCUGGAGCUGAUGAUCUGAACUUGUCUGUCAGCCACCUAGCUCCCCCUCCUCCAAACACAACCACUGCCCAUGUCCUGAUCCCAGUGGUCCAGCUUGUCUGUGGUGACUGGUUGGCUGGCUGUGGCAUCACACUCUCAUUGGCCCUGGGACUCCUCUUCUACGUGACCACACCCCUUCCUUCACAUCCAAUCCCAACAUGGAACCACCCAGGUGCAGCAGCCAGGCGAAGGAGGCCUCAACGUCACCCUCACCAUCAGGCUUCUGAUGCACGGCAAGGAGGUUGGAAGCAUCAUUGGAAAGAAAGGAGAGACAGUGAAGAAGAUGCGUGAAGAGGUAAGUGCAAGCGGUGCACGCAUCAACAUCUCUGAGGGAAACUGCCCAGAGCGGAUAGUUACCAUCACCGGACCCACAGAUGCCAUCUUCAAGGCCUUCGCCAUGAUCGCAUACAAGUUUGAAGAGGAUAUAAUCAACUCUAUGAGCAACAGUCCAGCCACCAGCAAGCCUCCUGUCACCCUGCGUCUGGUUGUCCCAGCCAGCCAAUGUGGCUCCCUCAUAGGGAAAGGAGGCUCCAAAAUCAAAGAAAUGAGAGAGUCCACAGGUGCUCAGGUACAGGUCGCAGGGGACAUGCUGCCCAACUCCACUGAACGAGCAGUCACCAUCUCAGGAGCUCCGGAAGCCAUUAUCCAGUGUGUCAAGCAGAUCUGUGUUGUCAUGCUAGAGUCCCCACCGAAAGGUGCCACUAUCCCCUACCGCCCCAAGCCUGCCUCCACCCCCGUCAUUUUUUCAGGUGGCCAGGUAAGAGCCGACCCGCUGGGGGCCUCCACUGCCAACCUCAGCCUCUUACUGCAGCACCAGCCACUGCCUGCGUACACCAUUCAGGGACAAUACGCCAUCCCUCACCCUGACCAGUUGACCAAGCUCCACCAGUUGGCUAUGCAGCAAACCCCCUUUAACCCCCUUGGACAGACCACCCCUGCCUUCCCCGGUCUGGAUGCCAAUAACCAGGCCAGUACUCAUGAACUCACCAUUCCCAAUGAUCUAAUAGGCUGCAUAAUCGGGCGCCAGGGAACCAAAAUCAACGAGAUCCGUCAGAUGUCUGGGGCGCAGAUCAAAAUUGCUAACGCCAUGGAAGGGUCAUCGGAGCGCCAGAUCACCAUCACAGGAACCCCCGCCAACAUCAGCCUGGCCCAGUACCUCAUCAACGCAAGGUUCAGAGACGUGGCGGCCAUGUGGAAUGACCCAUCCUCCAUGACGACAUCCUAAGGACCCAGCCCGGCCGUCCUCCACUCCCUCUGCUCCGCCCCCUCCAUCUCCUGACCACUGAAGACAUGAUGUUCCUACCUAACUCCUGAUGAUGAUGCCCUCUAGACUAAUGAAUCUGGCUCUGAUAACAACUCCCUUGACCCUCCAGCUUACUACCACGAUCGCUCUCUAAUAAGAGAGCUGUUGCUUUCAGAGAAACUGAAAAAAUAAGUAAUGUCUUUGUUUUCGUUGAUUUUAGACCUUUAGACAAGUGUUGAAGCAUGUUGAACGUUCAUUAGGAUCAAAUUGUGUUAUUCUGAAUUCUCUCUCUAUCACUCUCUGCUAGUGUUACAAAAUAGGAUUUCAAUAUCAGUUUGAAAAAAAAAAAGUUUUAAAAAAAAAAUGUAAAACUGUAAAAACAUUGGAAAAAAAUGCUACUGUUCCAUUUUCUAGGUGCUGGGUGAUGCUAUCGGCACAGUAUGGUGGGAUGUAGCCCAAUGAUUACUUUAUGAUGCUCUUUUGAAAAUAGGUAUUUUUUAGGUCAAUUUAAUCGUUCUAUUUUUACCCCUAUUUGGAUCCUUAAAAUGAUCUGCUUACUAAUCCGAUCUCUACCCAUAACUUUUUGCUGCAUCACAUGACCUCUUUGAGCCAAUGGUAUCACUCCUAGAGCCCUCCUUUCUAUGUCCAUUUCUUGUAUUUUACAUUAUGACUUAUACUGCAUGUGUUCAGUAAUGUAUUGUAUGUAUUCGAGUAUUCCAGUUUGGUGUAAGUGUUGCUAUGUUAUUGCUGGUGGGAGGAGCUAUUGGAGGAUGGGCUCAUUGUAAUGGCUGGAAUGGAAUUAAUGGAACUGAGUCAAGCAUGUGGUUUCCAUAUGUUUGAUGUGUUUGAUACUGUUCCAUGUAUUCCAUUCCAGCCAUUACAAUGAGCCCGUCCUCCUAUAAGUCCUCCCACCAGCCUCCACUGCUCCAAACCUUUUCCGCAAUUAUUUUCAUUAUUUUUUUUUGCCAUUCACGUCUAGUCCUACUACCACCCCAAGUGAAUAACUCUCCCUCACAUCCUCCAGGAACCCUAUUUAUAGUAUUUAAGAAGCAUGAAAGGAAAUUACUCAAAAGAAUCAGUGGCUAAAAACUGUAUCCUAACUGACUGAAAACUAAAAUGAUUGUUUACUCGAUUUUUUAACCAAGACUACUGUGGGUGACCACAUAGUCAGCUAUGCUACGCUCAUGCAAUAGACAAUUCAACUCUUCAUUAUACUGUGGACUGCCUCUAGUGUGUGAGGAAUUAGUUGGACUUAAGACUAUUGCUGUGUCCAAAUUCUCUUAGUUAGCUUCCUUUCGUCGUCUCCUUCACUCCCAUGUCCACGACAGAUAAAAGAGGCUUCAAUGUAGGAAAGGAGACCAGGAGAGGAAGCUGUUUGAUAUUAUUGGGACGUGGCCAUAGGUGUUUGGAUGGAGCCAAAUGUUUAUGGGCCAUGGAAUGUUCCGGGGUUCAUGGGGGAACCCGUGGGGCCUGGGCGGACGUGUUUACCCCCACGCCGCCACAUUCGCGAUUGUUCAUCCAUCAUGUUAGUUUUAUUAUAAUAUUGUUUAUUUAAUGCUUUAGGUUUUGAAUGUCAUUAUGCUUUUAUGAUGAUGUCAACAGAUUAGAUGACAGUCAUGUUGCUUGUUUUAAGUGAUGAUUUAAAAAAAAAAUUGCAAUUCUAUUUAUUGUUUCUUGGUGCAUCAUAAUGACUGUUUUGGUUGAUCAUGAUAUUUAAGCUAGGUUUUGUUUGUGUGUAUUGUAUUGGAUUUCAGGGGAGCUUUGGGCUAUAUUUGUUUGAAUUAAACAUGGCAAAUUCCCUUCAUAACAAUUCUCAAGCUUAUUCAAAGUAUAGGCUGUUGUGACAUGUCAUGUUUGCAA